UGUAACUGACUGAAACAUGCGGCGAGUCCUUUUGAUUAGACAAUCGAUGUAAAAGAUAAGGUGAUUAUUGCGGCGAUUAAGGAGAAUAAGCAAGAGCUGCGAAAGAAGAGUUAAACAGUUAAAUUAUGCAAGAAAUGCAACUAAAAAGAUCAUAGAUUUGGAGUCAGUACAUUAAAAAUGUUAUUAGAGUAUACUAUCAGUUCAGAACUGUCUUCGAAAAAGAACAAACCUUUUGAUCCAGCAAACACCAACUAUUAGUAACAUGACUUUAAUAAUUUAGACACGAUGUUAUCAAGAUAUCAACAGAAAAGUGAUAGAAAGCAAUUUACUUGGGAGCAAAUGACACAGGCCAAAGAACAUAUUGCUGCAGGCAAUAGUGUAAAAGCUGCAGUUCAAGUCGUGGGAGCAUGUGAAGCAACAUUACGAAAGAGAUUAAAAGAAGGGACAGUGCCAUUAAAUUUAGACAGAUUAAAAUCAAGCUUUUCAACAGAAGAGGAGGAAGCUUUGGUCAAAUGGGUAAAAAUCAUAGAUGAUACAUUUUAUGGAGUGUCAAAAAAACAGUUAAUGGACAUUGUGUAUCAAUAUGCUGAACAUAACAAUAUUUCCCAUAAUUUUAACCAUGAAAAACAAAUGGUACGAGAAAAAUGGAUCAGAGACUUGUCUGUGAAAUAUAGAUUAACUUUACAACGGCCAGAGAAGUGUUCAGGAAGUGUCAUUAGAAGAAAAUCCUGA